AUGGUAAUAUUGGAGAUAAUCUUUCCCAGUGGAUACGUUCUAGCAGAUGAAGUGCGGACCCAUAAGCUUGUCUUCGAUCCUACUGAAGACAAUGGAAAAAGUACUAAAGGAAUAUCUAUAUGCAACAAACAUGCAACGACCUACUCUUACAUGGCAAAAGCGAUGAAGAAGAGGAUGUUUCACACGUGCAUAGUCAACUGGAUUCAUACCAUGCUUGCACAAAGAAUAAUCUCUUCGGAGCUGGGGGGAACAUCUAUAACUGUAAGAGCCACGAAAGGAUGCCCUCAAGGUGGAGUACUUUUACCACUCCUGUGGUCUCAAGUUGUGGAUGACCUUCUCUGCAGCUUAGAAGAUAAAGGUUUUGAAGUUGAAGGCUUCGCAGACGACAUUGUCAUUAUGGUAGGAGGAAAGUUUGACAAUGUUGUCUCGGAAAGAAUGCAACUUGCUUUAAACGUAACUUAUCUCUGGUGUAAAAAGGAGGGUCUGAACAUCAACCCGGCAAAAGUAACAACAGUACCUUUCACUAAAAAGAGGAAACUUAACCUAAUGCCUCUUAAGCUUGAGGAAAGUUCUAUCCAGUUUAGCGAAAGGGUUAAAUUUUUAGGAUUAACUCUAGAUGCGAAACUUGACUGGAACGCCCAUCUCGACAUUGCAGUAAGCAAAGCGGUCAGUGCGUUCUGGUUAUGUUCAAAAACGGUUGGUAGGAAAUGGGGCCUAAGACCAAAAAUGGUCAGAUGGAUCUACACAUCCAUCAUACUACCGAAAAUAACAUACGCUUCUUUAGUGUGGUGGCCUAAAACAAAAGAGGCUACUGCAAGAACAAAGCUAGCAAAGCUUCAGAGACUGGCCUGUAUUGCCAUAACUGGAGCAAUGCGCAGCACUCCAUCGAGAGCGCUGGAUGCAAUUCUUCACCUGCUGCCUCUGCAUGAAUUUGUGCAGUUAGAAGCGGAAAGGAGCGCCUUGCGGCUCAAACGUCUUAAAGAGAUCUUACCUGGUGAUCUGGUUGGUCAUCUGAGUAUUUUGCAACACUUUAAAAGAGGGCCUUUGUUGAGUAUGUGCGGAAACUGGAUGAAACCUUUGGAUAACUACGACAUUCCCUACAAAUUGCGUGAAACAUCGCGCUCCGACUGGGAGUGCGGAGUUAACAUGGUCCGUCAGGGGUCAACGAUAUUCUUCACGGACGGCUCAAAAAUCGGUUCGAAAACUGGGACGGGAAUCUUCGGUCCUGGUGUACAGAUAUCAGUGGCAAUGGGCAACUGGCCUACUGAAUUCCAAGCGGAGAUUUACGCUAUAAUCGAAUGUGUCAACGUUUGUCUGAAGAGAAACUACAAACAUGCGAAUAUUCUCAUUUUCUCUGAUAGUCGAGCGGCACUAAAGGCUCUUUGUGCUCACAAGUGUACGUCAAAAAUAGUGUGGGAGUGCGUUCUCUCACUACGGAGGCUGUGUCGUAUGAACUCUGUCAAUUUGUACUGGGUUCCCGGGCACAGCGGCAUAGACGGCAAUGAAAAAGCAGACGAACUGGCCAAACAGGGCUCCAACUCGCAAUUUGUUGGUCCGGAACCUUUUUGCGGUAUCUCAAAAUGCACUAUAAAAAUGGAACUUAAAUACUGGGAAGAGCAACGGGUGACAGCCAACUGGAGGGCUGUCAGAGGGUGUCACCAGUCGAAAAGGGUAAUUACGCCAAACGGGAAAAUUACUAAAAAGCUCCUAGAGCUCAACAAGUGGGCUCUUUCUUCCUACACAGGACUAAUAACUGGGCACUGCCCGAGUAAGUAUCAUUUAAAGAACAUUGGUCGAGUUCAGGAUGACACUUGA